UUGCGUUUGGGAGUGGCAUCGUUGCUGCCACUUCGUUCAAUGCAUCGCGCGUCGUUGUGUGCGACCCUUUUAAUCGAAUUUAUCUUCAUCUAUGAAUAUAUCGCGAUACGAAACCGUAUAUUAUCACUUCAUCGAGGGAAUUGCGGCACAACGAUAACAUUCGUUGGCCAGUUUUAAACUCGCAUGUGACGCCGCGCGAGACAUGUCCGUCGUGAAUUUUACCUCGCUCCCGCUAAGGAAAAGGAAUUGCAUUUUAUUGCUGGCGUUUUCGUUCUUUAUUCCGUUUUGCGCAUUCGUCUUGUUUUCCAUGCCAGGUUGGUUAUUUGACGGGUUGGGAAAAGAUUGUUUUGGGUCUAGACCGACCGGGAAUGUCGGCUCGGAACAGAUGGUUAUACAAAACUUAGCCGAGCUUCAAGUGAAAUUUCAGUACCUCGAUUCUAUAUAUCGGGCCCGACAGGCGGACUUGCAGCAGUUCAUUCAUCAAUGCGAUUUGGAUUUGGCUAUGAACUACGGCGGUUCUAACCACACUAUCACUAGCGUCACGUCGGACUUGAAGCCCGAAAUACGGCAGCUUUUGAAGAACAUGUCCGGUAUGAACGCUGCGCAGGGACUGAAUCAGACCAGCUCCAUAAAGUUACCUAGUUCGUAUGAUUUCAUGCCGCAUCUGUUGGACCAUUCUUCCAGUCUCAGGUUGGCAUAUGUGAUGUCUAAAGGGCGAACAGGGGUGUCCAUGGUGUUGGGCAUUCCGACAGUCAAAAGAGAUAAGCAGACGUAUUUGAUAGAUACCUUAAACAGUCUCAUCAACGGGAUAACCCCUGAAGAGGCCAGCGAUUCACUUAUCGUUGUUUUCAUUGCUGAGACUGAUUUGGAGUACAUUAUUCAAGUAGCCAAAGAAUUGGAAUUAAGGUUUCCUGCAUCCGUAGAAUCAGGUUUAUUAGAAGUAAUAGCACCAUCAGCUUCGUACUAUCCGGAUUUAGAUAAAUUAAGGAUUACUUUAGGCGACCCUCCCGAAAGGGUACGGUGGAGGUCCAAACAAAAUUUAGAUUACGCUUUCCUAAUGGCCUAUUCUCAACCAAAAGGUACAUUUUAUGUUCAAUUAGAAGACGACAUAUUGGCGAAAGAAUCCUACGUGUCGGAGAUGAAAAAAUUCGCAUUCGACAGAACAAGUCGAAAAGAAAAUUGGUUCGUUUUGGAUUUUUGUCAGUUGGGAUUUAUCGGUAAAAUGUUCAAAAGCGCGGAGCUUCCUUGGUUGAUCCAAUUCUUUCAAAUGUUCUACAACGACAAGCCAGUCGAUUGGCUCUUGGAUAAUUUGAUUUAUACCAAGCUUUGCAACUGGGAAAAAAAUUAUGACAGUUGCAAGCGCGAAAAGGCGAAGGUGUGGAUUCAUUACAAGCCGUCGUUGUUUCAACACAUUGGCACGCAUUCGUCCUUGAAAGGAAAAGUGCAGAAACUUAAGGAUAAACAGUUCGGAAAAGUAGCGCUGUUUUUCCCGCACAACAACCCCGAAGCGGAGGUAAUAUCGGGAAUUAAGCAUUAUAAACAGUAUUCUUUAAAAAGGGCUUAUCUAGGGGAGACGUUCUUCUGGGGAUUGCUGCCCCAAAUCGGAGACCAAUUAAUUUUUAAAUUCUCCACCCCUAUAGCCGUUAAAAAGUUUCUUUUUAAAAGCGGCAACGUGGAGCACCCAUCAGACAAAUUCUACAACACGACUGUCGAAGUGCUUCCCGUUGAGAUCCCUACAGCUUUAAUGGCCACCAUUUCAUCUAAUCUGACGGGGGAUGGUUACGUAAUUGUAGGGGACUUUGAUGGUUCUGGUAUCGCUAGAGGGUCUGUUGACAACAGCUUAGGGAAAAUACAAUCCAUAAGGUUGUAUGUACAUUCUGAUAGUGAUAAUUGGGCUAUUUUAAGUGAGAUUGAUAUUCAAGAAGACUCCGCGCCUAGUUGAUGGAUGAAGGAGAAUUACAGGGAUCAGAUUUUGUUUAAUAUUGUAAAAAGCAGUUUGUUUGUUAUGUACAUAUGUGCUUAAAACACGUUAAUAAACGAAUGUAA